CUUCCUCCCUCCUCUCUUUUGGGCCGUGUCAGGCGGCGGCCGCCAGCGUGGGGCGCGGAGGCCUCCUCCCGCCGGGCGUGUCGGGCCCGGCCAGCUGCAGCCGUUAGCGGCCGCGCUCGCUCCCCUCUGCGAGGGGCGGGAGGCCGCGCCGCCGCUGCGCGGGGCUCACCUGUUGGCCCGGGACGCCCCCCACCCCCACACACACACACACUUCGCCCCGCCGUUGGGAGCGGCCGCCAUGGCGGAGACCGAGGAGAGGAGCCUCGACGACUUCUUCGCCAAGCGGGACAAGAAGAAGCGGAAGGAGAAGAGCAGCCGAGGGGCCGCCGCCGCCGCCUCCUCCUCCAGCGCCUCCAACCCCGCUUCGAACGCCGCGGGGGCGGCUGUGGCGGCGGCCGGGGGACCCCGCCCGGCUGAGGGCAGCGGUUCCGGGGCCGCCUCUUCCAACGCUGGCUCCGCCAAGACGGCGACCAAGGAAGAGGAUGAUUGGAAGGAGUUUGAGCAAAAGGAAGAAAUUGAUUAUAGUGGUCUUAGAGUUCAGUCCAUGCAAAUAAGUGAAAAAGAAGAUGAUGAAAGUGAAAAAAGAGAAGAACCUGGUGACAACUGGGAAGAGACUGGUGGUGGUGUAGACAGAUCAUCUGGUCCUUGGAACAAGUCAGCUCCUGCACCAGCACCUAUCGUUGAACCAAUUGUUACAGAAACCCCAGAACCAGUUCAGACCGGUGGUGUAUACAGGCCGCCUGGUGCCAGGGAGGGUGGCAGGCCACGGAGAGCACAGCAAGGACCACCAGAAAUCUAUAGUGAUACGCAGUUUCCAUCACUGCAGUCCACCGCCAAGCUUGUAGACAGUCGAAAAUACUGAGCCUUCGUAAAGGUUGACUACCUCAGACUUGCUGCACUCAUUGUGGACACCAUGUGGAUCACAACUUCUGGAAGAGAAGGUUACAGCUGUUUUAGUGGCCACCUGAAACUUGAAACCAGCUCUACUGGAUUCCUGUCAGAAAUCCUGCAGAAGUCAGCCAUUUGGUUCCAAUUUGCUAUAACAAAGAUUUAAGUGACCUUAAUGACAAACCUAUUCUGUUCCCCUUCUGAGGAAUCCUGUCGUGUAGCCAUAGCCUGCUAGAGACUUCUGGAGCGUACCAUACCACUCAUACUAUCCAAGUAUAACAGAGCUGUAGUUUGUUUACCUUUUUAGAUAGCUGUACUGAAGUAACUGCAAAACAAAUUAAAACUCAUUCAGUAUCAGAUUUGAGGAAUUAUGGGUUUGAAUGGUCUGUUUGUGUUAGCCGUUUUCACAGUUGUCUGUUUAAGCUUUUUUUUCUAUUCUCCACAAAAAAAAAAACCUGCCUUGUUUCUGGUAUCAAAUUGCAGUAUAUUUAAAUAAUGAUGAGAUGUUGUAGUGAAAUAGGGUUUAUUUUGUUUUUUUGUCAUGAGGUUUGUCUUUUUCACCCUAAAGCACUAAGACUGACGAGUUUUGAUUUGACACAGAGGUAUCCAGACUCCAACUACAGUCUUCAGAAAUUGUUAAAAAUGAGAUAUGUGGCAGUAGUGAUACUAGAUAAAAAUUUCUCCUCUAUUAAAAAGUUAUUUGCUUGUUGAAGAGUAAUGGUUACUUGAUAACUACAAUAACUUAGUAUGCAGAGGGAUAACUAGAGCUGGAAAGCCUUAUUUGUUUGGCUACUUCUGUGAAGCAUGCAGGCUUUUUGAGGCAGAAAUUCUCUAACUAAAACUCAUAAAUGGUCUUUAUUCAAAGUCAGGAAGUUUAGUGAUAAUGGAGGGCAGUGACUUCUUUAAGUUGUCAUCUCUGACUUAAUUUAGUGGCAGUAGGCAAAAUGGCACUGAUACACUAAGAAUAUAGAACAUUGCCUGUAACUCUGAUUCGAUGAAUGAAACCUGUCAAGUACCAAAAGUGUCCUGCUAUAACUGUUUUUGUCUUCUCUGAAUUGUUACACCAGAAGCAAAAUGAAAUAUGAUAGUGGUGUGCUCCAGUGUUGAGGUUUCUCAGAGUAAAUGCCAAAAAAUAGACCCAAUAUCUAUAAGAGUUGCCAAUGGCAAGAAAAACAAGGGAACAAAACAAAACUUGCUUUUGUGUGCGGGAGUAGUGUGUAUGUGCAGAAGAUGAGGGUAGUGCAGGAAUUGCCUGGUUGGGUUCCCUUUGACUAACCGCUGACUCGCUUUAAAUCUACUUCUCUGAGGCCAAUGGGAAUUUUGCUGUUGACUUCAGUGGGGCUGGGGUUUCACCUGGUUCUUUUGUGCACAGACUAGAACUGGCCUUGCCCUUGCAGAGUUAACUGUAUCUAAAACUUCUGCUAGAAGCUGCUAUUAAAGAGAGGGCUCAUGAGACUAUUCUUAGAAUUGGAGACUUCAUUUGGAAACAAAACCCCACUGAAAGACUGAUACCAAUACCUUGGACUCUGAGCCAUGUAUCUUCCUUGAAAAUAACAUUUUUGCCAGCAAAACUGUUGAUUUGUCACUAAAGAUUUCUGUGGAAUUCAUGGUAAAUGGACAUGUCACUUGAUGUGGGAGAAACGUGAAGUCUUAAAACACUUUUCCUGAUGCUCUAAAGUGAUUGAGAUCACCAAUGCACAUGAAUCAAGUUUUAGUCUACUGUAUGAAGGGUAGAUGAGACUGUCCAUUGUACCGUCUUUAUUUGAGGUUUUGGGCAUGAAUUCUGGCAGUUCAAGAAAACCCUGUAACAGUUUCAAAUCAAAUAAAAUGGAAAUAUACAUGGAUUCUGGAGUCUAAUGAAUCUUUACCUUUAGUUCUAGCUUAUGAUCAUACAACAGCUAAGGAAACACAGAGCGUUUGGAUCUCUUAAGGGACAGGCCGUGGAGUGGGUAGUCAGCCUUAUGGUCAGGUGGGCUAUGUUUGAGAGCUUAUAGCAGUGCAUAUGAGUGUGACUUUUAUUUAUACAUAGAAGUUUAGUUUGCUACCUGUCAGAGUGUCUUCUGACUCCCACCAUCUAGGACUGGUUUGAGAUUGUGAAUUAAGUAUGAAUGAAGCUUUGAUUUGCUUUUCACUUGGAAGUAGCUCUGCUAAAUUAAAGAAUGAAAAAAAAAAAAACCAAAAACCAAACAAAAAAGCCCCUCUGGAUGGUUACUGUCACUGGAGUCCAUCAGCUACUGAUAACUAGAGGUGUUACUUUGGGGGCUUUUCUUAAGCAUAUCAUUCCAGGUUCUUUCUGGAGGCAUAAAGGAAAAAAAAUCAGAAAUGCAGCAGUUUCCAUAGUACAGAAUGUUAAACUAAUUUAAAGUGUUUCUAGUGUUAAAUACCGCUGCCAGCAACUAUCAAAAUGCCAGUUGUCAGUAUCUUCCUUAUAACAAUUAAUUGUUCUGCAUGCCUGAAAUUUUCAAAGUCAGUCCUCUGUGGAAGCUCAGUAUGCUUUUGAGACUCUGAAGUCCAACUUCAUCUGGUUUGUUGUUGCAUUCAUUCCAGGCAUGCUAAGAAUGUCCACUUCAUUCCUUCAAAAUCCUUGUUGAAGGCUCAUUCCAUAAGUGAAGGAUUGUCAGUUGUAGAAACGAGAUUCUUGGUACCAGUCAGUAAAAUGCAGUUGUGUGCCGCUUCAGGAACUUCCUAACCUAGCCUGUAACAUGCUUUUAUGGUGGUUAGUUAUUAAUUUCCAAUUUAAAUGUUCCAUUUUACUGUCUCUGUCUUAAAAUAAAAACACAGCUGUAUAGUAGAACAUUUAAAUGUCUAGUACUUACUGGGGAAGGAACAACUUGGAUUUGUGGUUCUUGGUGAUACAGUCUGUAUUUAAGGAAUGUUAAAAUGCCAAAACCUAGAUAAUUUUAAUAAAGUUGGACUUCCCAAAUGCCCACUGUAGGAAUCUGGCAUCUGUAUUUACUUGAGCUGUGAUAAUAAAUGUAAGAGAGGACUAGGUUUGCUCACACCCCACCCCCACCCUCCUGCCCAGUUCAGCUUUGCCCUGGUUAAUCUUGCUCAGAAAUGAAGAGGAAUUGACAAAAGUGACGUGUGUCCUGCUACUUCAGUUUUGUCUUUGUAGCUAGCUUUACCAGUCAUGUCCAAAGUAACUCUCUUACAAAAUUUAGGAAUAGAUGAAUUUUUAAUGGUACAAAUUGUGUUAGAGACCUGACUCCACAGGGACAAGGGUUUACAGUGCCUGACUGCAUCUGGUGGCUCUUGGAAACUCUUUCAUCACCACAACAUGGCUGAGACACCUGUGCUGUUUAGGUCAAGUAAACACAAUACAAAUUUGAUAGGGCUGCACAUCUUGGAGUUUGCUUAUCUGAGCUUUUGCAGUAGUUCUUUUGUCUUUCUAAUUUCAGCUUGGUUGAGCGGUUCUAAACUUGCUUGUGGUUUUCUGUCAAAUACCAUGACUAAAAUGGAGCAGAUGAUUCUUUUUUUAGACUAAUAGGCCUUCAUGUGCUUAAAAGGUGCUUAUUUACAAGGUAGUAAUAUUAUUCUUCCUAAUAUUGACAUGGUCAGAGAAAUUAAUACCUCGUAUUUUACAUGACCAAUUUGUAUCGGAGGCCCAAGAAACUAAAUUUUACCAAAAACACCUCAAGUACUUAAAAAUACGUAUGAAUAGCCACAAUCCAGGUUUUGUUGCCUGACUGUAAUUUAGUUCCCAAAUUGUCCCCUUCUGUUUUCAGCUUUUAAUUUCACAAAUUGGUUUUAAUGGUAAAUAGGGGCUUUAUUUGGGAAUACAAGAAAAUAAGAACAUGCAUAUUUAAAUUUCAGAUAUAUAAAUUAGGUAUGUACAAAGGGGGAGGAAAUCUGACAUACAUUUGCUGAUAAAUUCUUCAGAAGUUAGAAAGUCAGCUUGUCUGUAUCAGGAUUCACAUGAGAACCUGCAAGCUCUAGCAGAUGGAGGAAGACAUGACAGCAGAAAAGAGAACUGAGGAGUCCAAUCCUGAUUCAGAUAAGUCUGUCUACCCUGUAUCUAGAGUUUGGCUUCUGAAGCACCAAAUGUAGUUCUGUUUGAAGUGAAAUAAAACAGAAAGGAAGUUUUGUGGUUUUUUUUAAUUAGGGAGAGUGGAAAUUAUGGGAAUAAAACACAGGAGGUAUAAGAGAGGGAUUAGGAAGGCUGUUUUCUAAAUGAUAGUAUUAAAUGCAUGGCCUGAGGUAGGGAGCGGAGUGCAAGUGGCUGGAUAGGAGAAGUGCUGUGUGGGUCAGUGCUGCUUUCACAAGUGGCAGAUCCACCUGACUUCAAAUCAGCAACUAAGUGUUUCAAGUUCAGUACCUGGGGAAGGCAUCCCUUUAAAGGAAAGAAUUAGGAAAACCUGUACAGAGAAGGUAGAAUUUUGCUUUGGUACAAAGCUGUCUAACCAGUUGCCCAAAGACAGAGCCGAGAAAGGACAAAUUCCAAGAUAGUUCAGCAAUCUUAUUAGGAAAUAACUUGUUUCAUACUUAAGAAAGCUUUUCACUUCUGCAUGAUAAAAAGCCGAGACACUAAUUCAAAUGGCUAUGAAGACAUUUCCUGCUUUGUGAAGCAUCUUCUAAUGGUACGUAUGUCAUGGGUUUAUGUUCAGUUGCUUAGAACAUAUGUUGAUAUAGCAAGGUUAAUGAAGUUCAAUGGGCUGCUUAGCCAGAACACAAAUAUUAAAACCGUAUCACAGUAUUAUUAAUGAAUCACCAGAAAAAGCAGUGCAUCUGGAACACUGGAAUGGAAAGUAUCAUCUAAAACAACUGUGGGCACUGAAGAGAAGCAAGCCCAUUUUGUAGCAAGAGCAUAGGACCAGCAGAGUGGGGUUUGGCCUUGGUUUUCCACUGAGCUGCUGUGUUAACUUCAAGUAAUUUAGGUUCACUUUGCCUCAGUUUCCCCAGCUGUACCAAAAACCCCAACAACCUACCUCACAGGGGUGUUGUGAGGCCAAAGCUGUUCGUUGUCGAGGGCUGGGGCCAAUGGAAGGUGCUACAGAGGACUAAAAGUUUGUAUUAGAAGAUCUUUAUAUUAGCUUUCACUACAGUAUUUUAAUACUACUUUGGGAAAGGCUCAUUUCUACAGAACGUAAUAUGUGUUCUAUUGAAGUAUUAUGUAAUUAGACUUAUUUUAGUAUGUAUGGGUAAGGAAAAAGUUCAGGCUGAGCACUCUAACUGGUAUUUCCUCUCUUUAAUUACCUGUGCAACCUGAGUGGUAUAUUAAUAUGAGACUUUCUGGUUUUAUGUGAAAUACAUUAAAAUCAAUAUUGCUAUGUUUUGUAAACCCCAUGACUGAAAUAAAACCCUGCUCACAGUUGA